AAGAACGUAGGAAGGAACGAGAGCCCGGCGUGUCGCUCACGCUUGCAUUGCUUUUCGAAGCUCGCGCGCGAUCGGUUGCUCGCGACGUGCGUACGUAUAUACGUGUGCGUGGUGCAGCUCGCUAGACACGUGAGAAAAAGAAAGAGAAAGAGAGAGAGAGAGAAAGAGAGAGAGAGCGAGAGAGAAAGAAUCCCGCCGAUUCAUUUCCGCGCUACUCUUUAAUCUUGAUCGCUUCUUGUGAUCGAUGUUAUCUCGCGACGAGGAUUCCUCUCCGUGCGCGCGCGAGAAAGUGAUCAAUAUCUCGAGAUCGAAAUCGUAACUACGCGGAAAAGCGUUGCGAGUGCAGUUUCUUGGUAUCGCGAUCGGCAUCAACAGCUUUGAAGUAUUAUUAUGUCUGUCGAUUUGUGAGAUCUCGAACACACAGAUAAGAAAGAGAGAGAGAGAGAGAGAGAGAGAGAGAGAGAGAAAGAGAGAAAGAGAGAAAAAGCGGAAGAAGAGAUCGCGGGCGCAGAAAGUCUACUUGGCGGAAGCAUCAGGAAGAGGUCGCCGGAGAAAGAUGUCACAAUUACUUCUAUUGAUGCACUUCCUGCUGCUGACGGUACUGUUAGCACCGGUUCAGAGGGUUGCAGCGUGCAGCUGUAUGCCAAUGCAUCCACAAAGCAAAUUUUGUCACUCGGAUUUUGUCGUCGUGGUGAGGGUGAAGAACAUUACCACCAAGCACUCUGUGGGCGACUAUGAGAUCGCUUACAAGGUCAAGAUAAACAGGGUCUUCAAGUCCAACCCAAAGGCCGACGUGGCUCUGAUGCAGAACCUUUUAUGGACCCCGUCCUCGGACGCGCUGUGCGGCGUGACACUGAACGUCGGCGAGACUUACGUCGUCGACGGAAGAAUCUUCUCGGGAAAGCCGUUCAUAUCAAUUUGCGGACUCUCGAUAAGAUGGGCCGAAACGACCAGCAGGCAACGUAAAGGACUGAGACAGCUUUAUCAACAAGGUUGCGGGUGUAACAUUCUUUAUACACAUUGGAGGCGCAAGGGAGCUGUGCUGGAAUCCAGUGGCGGAAAGCGUUGCCUGUGGGAGAGCAUACCAGGUCCCCAGGUUUGCCAAGAAAAAUACGGCGUGUGCAUGGCGGAUAACACGGGCGGCUGCUCCUGGGCACCAUCGGUUCCAUAUAAAAAUUGCAUCAAGGAAUAUCAGCGUAAACGCGAUCAGCAGAGGUUGCGGGAACCGUAAUUGACAUUUUUUCGUAUCGGGUUUUGCGCGUUCACGUUCUCGCAACUUUUAUAGAAAGCAACAAAACAAUCUAUCAAGUCGCACAAUGUAGCGUGUCUGCCAAUCGAUCGAAUACAUCGACGAUAACUGAGUCACUAAGAGGCAAAGUGGUACGAUAAUAAUUUGAUGGAACGACAUGUUCUUUUUGCGAUAUUAAGUCACGCAUUACACGCGAAACGUGUUCGAGUGUGUAACAAUUUACUGACAACUCUCCGCAACGAAAUUAUUCGCUAUCUAUUUGUCGAUUGUUAAAAAUAUUUACGCACCUUGUUACAUGUACCAAAAAAACACGCCAGGUAUUAAAUUGUCAAAACAAUAAAACGAUUGUUUAGUUCUGACUUAAUUCGCAACGCUUUACUUUUAAGGGACGCAGUUAUGCGCAGUUGGCGAUCAAUGACGACUUGACCCUCACAAUAUGUUUUGCGUUUUUUAAAGUUUGAUAAAGUAUAACAGAGAAACGAUGAUUGUGAAAAAUCGGAAACAGUAAUAGUUGUAAUUAUAUAUAUUAUAUAGUUAAGAUGUGAAAUCUUUUAUUAUAUGUUAAAUUAUUUGUAACUUAGGCUCUUGAUAGCGACAACGUUGGUUAAUUUUAUCCAGCAGGUUUUUUUUUACUGGCUUAACAUCAACACACACACACACACACACACAAUUAUAAAAUAUAGGACAAGAAAAGUGUCGGUCAAUAUUGGUAAACCUAAUACUCCCACCAUUAACCUGUUGAUUAUUUGAUUAUCGUUAACGAGGUAUAAUAAGCUUUGUAGUGUUAGAAAUUUUCGAAACACGUAGAUACCCGAUAUGUUGAAACAUAUAUGCGAGCGACCUACUUUUCACGGCUAUAUAUACUCUUAACAUGUGUUGUAUAUAUUAUAUUGUUAAUGUACAUUGUGUGUCCUUAAAUUAUUCCAGCUAUCGUUUCGUUGUACGUAGGUUUAGGACAUCGUUACAACUUUACUCGCAGUUUAUAUUACGUUUCGUAAACAUUUUAUGUAUAUCGUCUUUUUAGAUAUAAGAUAGCUGCGUAUAUAUAUAUAUAUAUUCGUUAUAUAUAUAUAUAUUCGUUAUAUAUAUAUAUUCGUUAUAUAUUCAAAUGAUUAUUCAUAAUCAGCGCGCUAUUUACCGUGAGACGAGAAAUUAGAAUGAAUAUUUAAAUCCGUAGCUUCAUAAAUAAAGAUAUACACAAGC